AUGUCUUCUCAACAACCAUUAGAACCGGAAUUCUACCAAGCUUAUAACGAAAUUGUUGCUUCUUUGAAGGACUCUACUCUUUUUGAACAAUAUCCAAAAUAUGAAAAAGUUUUGCCUGUUGUAAGCAUACCAGAACGUAUUUUCCAAUUCCGUGUCACUUGGGAAAACGAUAAGGGUGAACAAGAAGUAGCCAGUGGUUAUAGAGUUCAAUUCAACUCUGCCAAGGGUCCUUACAAGGGUGGUUUGAGAUUCCAUCCAACCGUCAACUUGUCUAUUUUGAAAUUCUUGGGGUUUGAACAGAUCUUUAAGAACUCUUUGACUGGUUUAGAUAUGGGUGGUGCCAAAGGUGGUUUGUGUGUUGAUUUGAAGGGUAGAUCCGAUAACGAAAUCAGAAGAAUUUGUGUUGCCUUCAUGACUGAAUUGCAAAAAGUCAUUGGUCCAAACACUGAUAUCCCAGCUGGUGAUAUUGGUGUUGGUGGUAGAGAAAUUGGUUACAUGUUUGGUGCUUACCGUAAACAAAGAAACGCUUGGGAAGGUGUUUUGACCGGUAAGAGUACCAAUUGGGGUGGUUCUUUAGCUAGACCAGAAGCCACUGGUUAUGGGUUAGUCUAUUAUUUGGAGGCCAUGUUGAAAUACGUUAGAGGCAACUCCAGUUUGACUGGUAUGCGUGUUGCCAUCUCUGGUAGUGGUAACGUGGCUCAAUAUGCUGCUUUGAAAGUUAUUGAAUUAGGUGGUAUGGUUGUUUCCUUAUCUGAUUCCAAUGGUUCUAUCGUUGUCCCAGAAGGUUCUAACCGUGGUAUUAACGCUCAACAAGUUGAAACUAUUGCUGCUGGUAAAUUAAAAUUCAAGACUUUGCAACAGAUCAUCACUUCAGAAUCAUCUAUCUUCUCCAAGGAUCACAUCACUUAUUUGGAAGGUGAAAGACCAUGGACUCAUGUCUCCAGAGUCGAUGUUGCUUUGCCAUCUGCCACUCAAAACGAAGUUUCUGGUUUGGAAGCCAAGUCUUUGAUUGCCUCCGGUGUUAGAUUUGUUGCUGAAGGUUCCAAUAUGGGUUGUACUCCAGAAGCUAUCAAGAUUUUCGAAACUGCUCGUUUGAAUGCUACUUCUCCAGAAAAUGCCGUCUGGUAUGCUACUGGUAAGGCUUCCAACGCUGGUGGUGUUGCUGUCAGUGGUUUAGAAAUGGCACAAAACUCUCAAAGAUCCCAUUGGACUUUUGAACAAGUCGAUGCCAAAUUAAAAGCCAUCAUGCAUAACUGUUUCAAUGAUUGUAUUGAAGCUGCCAAGAAAUUCAAUAAUGAAAAUAUUGAAAACACAUUACCUUCUUUGAUUAAAGGUGCCAAUUUGGCCGGUUUCAUUAAAGUCGCCGACGCUAUGAUUGAUCAAGGUGAUGUUUUCUAA